AUGACUGGUACUAAUCUGACUCUAGAUAUUUUAACAAAUGGCACUCUUGCAUUCACACAAAAUGGCUAUGUGGCAGGCAUUAUUCUAAUUGCAAAAGUCAAUGGAAUCAUUUGGGCGAACAGAAAUUAUAUUUACACUUGGACUCUUCCUCAGAAUAUUACAAUUUUAUCUGGGAGCCCUGCUUUCCUGUACAAUUGUAGCCACACUGACUCUCAGCUGAUUACUGUGUCAGUCACCAACUGUGCAUCAAAUGCUUCAUCUGAACUUGAACUGAAUAUAUCUUUAGCUAAUGUUGGACCUCGACUGUUUCAUGAAGCAAAUGUGGGAGCCGGGACAACUGUUGUUUUUACACUAAAAGCCUUUUAUGCAAAUGAAGAAUCUUUUGAUAUUUAUUUUGGUGAUGGAAACAUGAACACUUUGUUAUGCCCUACUGAGAGAAAUUUAAGCUGCACAAUUCAAUACACUUACUCAUCAGCUGGAAUUUAUAGAGUAAAGGUAGAAUCAACCAAGGGAACCAACAUUUCCUCUGUGAUCAUAGUUCAAGAAUACAUCAAAGACUUGCUUGUUAUUGGUCCUAAAACGUGGAAACUUACUGUAAGUGAACAAGUUCCAUCAUCUGUAACCUGGACAGCACAGAUCUCACAAGGAUCAAAUUGCAUCUAUCAGUGGACAUUUUAA